AUGCUGCAGGGGCUUCUUCUGACGGUCACGGUCACGUUCCUCCUUUCUCCAGUUCCAGUAAACGCGUUAAAAGAACUCUCUGGAGGGAAGAACUAUGAAGUGGUUUAUCCCAGAAGACUUCAUUCACUACAUAAAAGAGAGGUCAAGGAGCCAGAACAACAGGAAAAAUUUGAAACUGAAUUGAAGUACGAAAUGACAGUUAAUGGGAAAAUUGCAGUGCUUUACUUGAAAAAAAGCAAGCUCUCAAAAACCUCGGCUAAUAAGCUUUUUCUCUCGACUGGCCCACGGGGUUGGGAUGACUGUUAUUACCAAGGACAUGUCAUUAAUGAAAAAGUUUCUGAUGCUAGCAUCAGCACGUGUAGGGGCCUAAGGGGCUACUUCAGUCAGGGAGAUCAAAGGUACUUCAUUGAACCUUUAAGCCCCACAAAUCAGGAUGCACAGGAGCAUGCACUCUUCAAGUAUGAUCCUGAGGAAAAGAAGGCUAACAGCACCUGCGGGACGGAUGACAUAUUGUGGGUACACGGAUCUCGGCAGAAUGUGGUUCCACCCGCCACCAGUCUGGUGAAAUCAAAAGACCGGAAGGGUCGGGAACGUAAGAAAUACAUAGAGUUUUAUUUGGUCCUGGAUAAUGGUGAGUUUAAAAAGCACAAUCAAGAUCCAGAGGAAAUAAGAAAGAGGGUGUUUGAAAUGGCCAAUUAUGUCAAUAUGCUUUAUAAAAAGCUAAAUACUCAUGUGGCCUUAGUCGGUAUGGAAAUCUGGAAUGACAAGGAUAAAAUAAAGAUAACCCCAAAUGCAAGCUUCACCUUGGAAAACUUUUCUAAAUGGAGGGGAAGUGUCCUCCCAAGAAGAAAACGUCAUGAUAUCGCUCAGUUAAUCACAGCAACAGAACUUUCUGGAACAACCGUGGGCCUUGCCUUCAUGUCUACAAUGUGCUCUCCUUAUCAUUCUGUUGGCAUUGUUCAGGACCACAGUGAAAAUGUGCUUAGAGUAGCAGGAACGAUGGCCCAUGAAAUGGGCCAUAACUUUGGAAUGUUUCAUGACUCCCAUGUUUGCAAGUGCCCUUCUACAAUAUGUGUGAUGGACAGAGCACUAAGCUUCUAUAUUCCUACAGACUUCAGUUCCUGCAGCCGUGUCAGCUAUGAUAAGUUCUUUGAAGAUAAAUUAUCAAAUUGCGUCCUCAAUGUUCCAUUGCCUACAGAUAUCAUAUCCACCCCAAUCUGUGGGAACCAGUUGGUAGAAAUUGGAGAAGACUGUGAUUGUGGGACUCCCGAGGAAUGUACCAACAUUUGCUGUGAUGCUAAAACUUGUAAAAUCAAAGCAAGUUUUCAAUGUGCAUCAGGAGAAUGCUGUGAAAAGUGCCAGCUUAAAAAGCCUGGUGCAGUGUGCAGACCAGCAAAAGAUGAGUGUGACCUGUCAGAAAUGUGUGAUGGCAAAUCUGGUAUUUGCCCUGAUGAUAGAUACCGAAUCAACGGCUUCCCUUGUCAAAAUGGGAAGGGCUACUGUUUGAUGGGGAUGUGCCCCACUCUUCAGGAGCAGUGCACCGAGCUGUGGGGACCAGGGACCAGCGUUGCAGAUAAAUCGUGUUACAGCAGGAAUGAAGGUGGGUCGAGGUAUGGGUACUGUCGCAAAGUGGAUGACACACGUAUUCCCUGCAAAACAAAUGAUGCCCUGUGUGGGAAGUUGUUCUGCCAAGGUGGGUCAGAUAAUUUGCCCUGGAGAGGACAUAUAGUAACUUUCCUGACCUGUAAAAUGUUCGAUCCUGACGACAGCAGUCCAGAUAUAGGCAUGGUAGCUAAUGGAACUAAGUGUGGACACAGGAAGGUUUGCAUUAAUGCAGAAUGUGUGGAUAUCGAAAGAGCCUACAAAUCGACCAACUGCUCCUCCAAGUGCAGAGGGCAUGCCGUGUGUGACCAUGAGCUCCAGUGUCAGUGCAAAGAAGGAUGGGCCCCUCCUGACUGUGAUGACUCCACAGUGGUCUUCCACUUCUCCAUUGUGGUCGGGGUGCUGUUCCCUGUGGCUGUCAUAUUUGUGGUGGUUGCUAUAGUAAUCUGGCACCAAAGCCCCAGACGAAAGCAGAAGAAAGUCCAGAGGCCAGCAUCUACCACUGGCACCAGGCCUCGCAAACAGAAGAAGAACCCACAGACGGUGAAGGCUGUACGACCCCAAGAGAUGACUCGGAUGAAGCUCCAUACACCUGAUCUGCCAGUAGAGGGCACUGAGCCUCCAGCUUCUUUCCUAAUUACGAAGCCAGAUUUUCCACCGCCCCCAAUACCUACAACCGUGUCCACUUCCUCUUUCCUUUAUGCCACAAAAGUGCUUCCCUCUACUGUUUUUAAGGAUAAAACAACGUCAACACCUAAGGUGUCUAAUGCUGAGACCUCACAGCUCCUUAUGAAGACAGAUACCUCGAGGACAAUGAUGAUUGGAUCUGUAGAAGCCAUUAAAAUGAAAGUGUCCACGGACACAGAAAAGAAAAGUCCCAACGAAAGUCUUUUUACUUUAGCCAAAGGACCAGGAACAACACCUGCGAGGCUGCCUCCAGCCCUCCCAACACCAUCCUGGGGAGGGGGGAGGGGGGCGGCGGUGAGACAGGGCUUAGUGGAAGCCUGGGCCUUUCAUUCUCACCGGACAGUAAUAAGCAUGAUGGCCCCGCCUCUCCUUGGUCUCCGUGGGAAUGAAGUAGAGAGCCUAGAUUCUACUACGUGGCAAGAAGGCGGUGGUCCCGCCCUACUCACCACAGGGGUGUUGUCAGAGGACUCUCAGUGGACAGUCAAGGAUUUCAACACCUCCCAGGAGUAA